AUGACCGGUCCAUUCAAUGAUGCCGCAUCACUCAUCUCCAUUCUACAUCAUAUUCGGGACGUCUUGAGCGAGGAUGCCGAGUUGUCGCAUCGAGUCGGGCUUCAGAUCAAAGAAACGGGUCAAAAUGAAAAGCGGCGUUAUGAUCAGUUGCUGAACUAUCAAGGUCCGGACGACACCACGCUUACCCUUCUCCAGGAGAAUCAUACCAUGAUCCGGAGGUGCACCUGUAUCCUGCUGUAUGAAUUUCAAGCUCGACACCGCCAUCUUCCUCUCGACCACCCGGAUGUGAUACGACCUCUCACAGAGAUCAUCAGCAACUGCACGCUGCCCAAGAUUCGUAAUACUAUCAAACAUAUGAUUACGGUUGGUAGUAGACUCAAGAAUCUUGAAAAAGUCUUCGGGCCUGGAGUAGCUGUGGUGGUUGGAUGUGACAUUGCGGAAUCGACAUGGUCUAAAGUUCUUCCCAAGAAAGAUGAUAAGUUCAACAAAGUUAUCGACCACUGGAGAAGCACAUCGCUUCCAGAACUGGCACGGAAAUACGCCAGCAUGCAGUCAACGGUCAUAGAAAGUCAACUCUGUAUUUUCGAACGCCUGAUGCUCACGUGGCCUGGGGUCUAG